AUGGGUCAAGCAGAAGAGGCUUCGAAGACCGUCCUCGACAAGUUGAGAAGUGAUAACGACCUUCUAAAACGAGCUGUCCUGCAAGAGCAGAGGAAGCGGACGAAGCUUGAGAGCGAGAGAGAAGAAUGGAGGCGUCAUCUGGAGAUCCUGGUGAAGAGGAGAGGAGAGCAGCGCGCCUCUGGCAGCCAUGUGAUCGCUGAGCAACGAGACGUACAGGAGCUGCUGCAUGAGCUCGAGACGCAGCUCGAGCUCCUGCAGUCCGAUGGGAGCCAUGGUCUGCACAAGGUAGAGGAGGUGCAGGAAGACUUACAAGGGAUCAAGAGAGAUAGUCUGGACAGGAUCCUCUCGCAACUGGAGGGUGCGACCGCGAGCAUAGCAGACAGUCUGUUUCACAUCAGCACCCGAAGUCAGCUGAUGGCGAAGAAGGCGCUGUUCGAACCGAUUGAGAACAACUCGAGCACCAGUCAAAGUUCUGUCAGCGAGAAUGGUCUAUCGAGAAGCGAGCUGCUGGGUUUCUUUGACCUGAUGGUUCCGACAACCAGGCAGGUAGUCACAAUCUUCAACGUUCACCAACUCGCCGCAUGCGAGCUGCUGCUCAAGUUGUCAACAGAGAGAAAAGACAUCCAGCACACGGCUCAAAGUCUGUCACGAUCGUUCGCAAACGCACAGAAUGCAUUGAAGUCGCUUCACACGUCCUCAGCGUCUUUGAGGUCGUUCAUGCGCGAGAAGCCCACGUCAAAGAGGAUGAUCAUCCCCGUUGCAAGCAUCAGUCAAACUGCAUCCCUUGCGACGAUCGCGGAGGAGGUUGUCUACGACAAGUUCUUCGAGGCUGUGGACGCCCUUCUGACUUGUUUCCUGCGACUGGGCGGUGACUGGACUUCACUGCUGCGAGCUGACAAUGAGUUUCUUGCACGAGUUUGCCUGGGAGAGGAGGGGAAGAGGAGAGAGGAUGUGGCUGCAGCCAAUGGGAGGCUCGAGAGGAGUCUGCAGGGUCUCGUUAAGGCAGCUGAAAGCCUGCAGAACAAGUUGAAUGGCGGGGAGAGGAGCAACAGGUUGGAGUUUCUGACAAUGAUUGUGCGGGAGGCGGUGGAGAAUGUCGGGGACUUGGUUGUAUUGCUCGUGGAGUUUGUUCAUUCAUUAGAGAACAAGAAUGACUACGAUCGGCUGGCAGGCCUGCAACCCAGCAAGCAAGUGUCGGAGAGGAUGAUGAAGUCGUCUUCAGACAUCUGCGACAUCUUCACAAAGUUUCACAUGUCGCUCUCGCCCAACAUGCAGAAGAUUCCCUCGGAAGCCAGCAGGGCGUCGAUGGAGGAGACAAGUCAGACUUGCGGGAGGAAAGAGCACAGCAGUGAGGUGCUGUCUUUGACCAAACAGCUGGCGGACAUGCAGUUUCGUUGCUCAGAGCUCGAGGCGAGGUGUGAGCGGCUGCAGAAAGAGAAUGUCAAUACGGCAUGCUUGAAAGCUCCAACAUCCAAGACUUCACAGGAUCAUCACAGCGACCUGCAGGUCAACCCCAGCCAGACCCCAGCUGCUGUGAGCGGAAAGGCGAUCGACGAGGUGCAGAGAGAGGAAGAAAAGCUGAAGGAGACAGACGAGGACCUGAGAACUUUCACAAACACAGUGAAGAAUGCCAUCGUACCCAAGACCUCGGACGACGACUCUCCCUCCCCUCUCUUCUUCUUCCUCGAUGACUUCGCAUCCGCUGGGGCUGUAACCCGAGAAUCUGCAGGAGUGACUGCAGGAGGGCAGGGAGGGCACAAGGAGGAAGGAGGAGAGGGAGGGAAGAGAGAGGAGGGGGAGGGGGAGGGGCUGCUCUUCUUUGGAGAGGACGGUGAGAUCAAGUGGGACCCACUGGAAGAGAACGGCAUGGCUCCACGAGGGAAGAGCGAAGAGGAGGAGGGGAAGGAGGAGGAUGAGGAGGAGGACGAGGGGAAGGGGUUGAUCCCAACCUGCUGGCUGCCCUCAGCUCGAUAG